GGAGCGGCACAGACGCGCUCCCUCCUGUCUCUGCAGGCGCACAGCUUCAGCUGACCCAUCCAGAGAUAAACUACUGUUUGCCAACAAGUUCUGAUGUGGCAAGCAAACUGCAGACGGAUGCAUAAUUUAGCAGACUGGAUUUCAGUGACAGUGAUGGGAGGCUGUGUGGGGAGGAGCAGGACGGAUGGACAAGGGAGUGCCCAUGGCUCCACAAGGAGCAAAAAGCGAGGAGCUCGCAAUGAGCCUCUCAAGAAAGAGCGUCCUAAGUGGAAGAGCGAGUACCCGAUGACAGAGGGCCAACUGAGGAGCAAGAGAGACGAGUUUUGGGAUACAGCUCCGGCGUUUGAUGGACGGAAAGAGAUCUGGGAUGCACUUAGAGCUGCAGCUCUGGCUCUGGAGUGCAAUGACCUGGAGCUGGCUCAGGCUAUAGUGGAUGGAGCCUGCAUCACUCUGCCACAUGGUUCUCUCACAGAGAGUUAUGAUGAACUUGGAAACCGCUACCAGCUCCCUGCAUACACUUUAGCACCGCCCAUCAACCUCAUCAAUGAAACAUCCAGCGAGAGCAAACAGUCUGAAGGCACACAGAAACAGGCUCAGCCUCCAGUGUGUAGAGAGGAGUUCCAGCUGCGGGUGCGGCUAUCCACAGGGAAGGAUUUGCGUCUGACGGCCAGCCUGGCAGACUCCAUAGCUGUGCUGAAGAAACAGCUGGAGAAGCAGGAGGACAUCGAGGUGAUCCGCCAGCGGUGGUUCUUCUCCGGGAAACUUCUGACAGACAAGACUCGUCUUCAAGAUGCCAAGAUCCAAAAAGACUACGUUGUCCAAGUGAUUGUUAAUGUUAAUCCUUAAGUCAUCCCUAACUGAGGGGUAAUGAAAGAUAAAGGAUGUGCCAGAGAAGUCUGCAGGAACAGGAGCAGGUUUCCAGCAGGAGAAUUUUAUGUACAUUUUAUAUAUUAAAUUAUUGCUUUUAUAUUGCUCCUUUUUCUAUUUUUCCUUUUUUUUCUCCAAAUAAAGAGAUAUUAUUGAAAAGCACUGAAACACUUUAGGUGAUGUUAGAGCCCUAAGGUGCAUAUCCCUGUAUAUGUCUGUUUCUGAAGACCUCGACUUGCAGCUCUAUUGUUUACAUGAGUUCCUCUCCUUGUCUUGUUUGUUUGUACUUACGCUUGUUAUUGAAUUAAAAAAAACAACAUUUCAGUUAAGAAGAACAUACAAGGAAAAUCUACUGUUUCUUUUUGGACAAACAGAUGUGCAAUUCUAACAAUAAAAAAUUAGAUAGUC